AUGGGGGGCUCUGAGGCGCCCACCCUAGUCAGCAAUGGCGCGGCCGAAAGCAGAAACCACUGGCAUCUCAAACACAAGGUCGUCGCCGCCGAGGCGCGAGACCGUGCCUCCGGCUUCCCGCCCCGCGAGCUCGGCGUCACCUGGACGGACCUCACCGUCGAGGCCAUCAGCUCCGACGCCGCCAUUCACGAAAAUGUCGGUUCCCAGCUCAACAUUGUCCAAAAGAUUCGCGAGUCGCGCCAGAAGCCGCCCAUGAAGACCAUCCUCGACAAGGUCCACGGCUGCGUCAAGCCCGGCGAGAUGUUGCUCGUGCUCGGCCGCCCGGGCUCCGGCUGCACGACACUGCUCAACGUGCUCUCCAACAACCGCCACGGCUUUGCCAAUGUCACCGGCGACGUCCACUUUGGCUCGCUCACGGCCGACGAGGCCAAGCGCUAUCGCGGCCAGAUCAUUAUGAACACGGAAGAGGAAAUCUUCUUCCCCACGCUCACUGUCGGCCAGACUAUGGACUUUGCCACGCGACUCAAUGUUCCUUUUACGCUGCCUAGCGACACAUCAGAUGCGGACGCCUAUAGACUCGAGACAAGGAACUUUUUGCUGCAGUCGAUGGGCAUCGAGCACACGCACGAGACGAAAGUCGGCAAUGCUUUUGUCCGUGGUGUUUCUGGUGGCGAGCGGAAGCGCGUGUCCAUCAUUGAGUGCCUGGCUAGCAAGGGCAGUGUCUUUUGCUGGGACAAUUCCACUCGAGGUCUCGAUGCCAGCAGUGCCCUUGACUACGUCAAAGCCAUCCGGGCCAUGACAGACGUUCUUGGUCUGGCAUCCAUCGUUACCCUCUACCAAGCCGGCAACGGCAUCUAUAACCUCUUCGACAAGGUCCUCAUCCUCGAUGAAGGCAAGGAGACCUUCUACGGCACUCUGUCCGAGGCGCGUCCGUUCAUGGAGGGGCUUGGCUUCAUCUGCGAGCCCGGUGCCAACGUUGCAGAUUACCUCACCGGUGUGACGAUUCCCACGGAGCGCAAGGUACGGCCCGAGAAGCGCAACACAUUCCCACGUACCGCGGCUUCCAUCCGCGACGCCUACGAGGCCUCACCCGUGCACCCACGCAUGGCCGCCGAGUACGACUACCCAACCACGCAGCAGGCCCGCGACAGCACAGCCGAUUUCGAAAAGGCCGUGGCCAUUGAGAAGCACAAGGGCAUCCCGGCCGCAAGUCCCUUUACCGUGAGCUUUCCGAAGCAGGUCCGGGCUUGCGUCGAGCGCCAGUACCAAAUAAUUUGGGGCGACAAGGCUACGUUUUUCAUCAAACAAAUCACCAACAUCAUCCAGGCCCUCAUCGCCGGCUCCCUCUUCUACAACGCCCCGGGCAACACCGGCGGCCUGCUGUCCAAGUCGGGCACCCUCUUCUUCUCUCUCCUGUACCCUACCCUCGUGGCCAUGUCCGAGGUGACGGACUCCUUCAACGGUAGACCAGUCUUGGUCAAGCAAAAGUCGUUUGCCUUCUUCCACCCUGCUGCUUUUUGCCUGGCACAGAUUGCUGCCGACAUUCCCGUCCUGUUAUUCCAGACAUCGACGUUUUCGCUGAUUCUUUACUUCAUGGUCGAUUUAGACCGCACAGCUGGGGCCUUCUUUACUUACUGGGUUAUUGUUCUCUCUGCUGCCUUUUGCAUGACGGCCAUGUUCCGUGCCAUUGGCGCAUUGUUCAAAACCUUUGACGACGCCUCCAAGGUCUCAGGUGUCGUGGUCACCGCUGCCUUCCUUUAUGCGGGUUUCCAGCUCCGGAAGCCCGAGAUGCAUCCUUGGUUGGUCUGGGUGUACUGGAUUGAUCCGCUCGCAUACGCCUUUAAUGCCCUCCUUUCCAACGAAUUUCACAACAAGAUUGUAACCUGCGUCGGAAACAACAUCAUCCCGAGCGGCGCCGAUUACAUCAACUCCACGCACAGUGCCUGCGCCGGCAUCGGCGGUGCGAAAGCCGGGAAGUCGUUCAUUCUCGGAGACGACUAUCUCGCGUCCCUCUCCUACAGCCAUGCGCACCUCUGGAGGAAUUUUGGCAUUGUCUGGGUAUGGUGGGCAUUCUUUGUUGCUGUGACGGUAUGGGCUACCUGCCGAUGGAAGUCGCCCUCGGAAAACGGUCCGAGUCUUGUGAUUCCUCGUGAGAAUAGCAAACGCGUUAUACUCCACCCCGAACCCGAUGAAGAAAAUCAAAACGCCAAGGAACAGCCCGCGACUACAGAUGUCGCCCUUUCCAGCACCGAUGGGGAGGGCAGCGAUUCUCUGCAGGCCCAGCUUGUCCGCAACACGUCCAUCUUUACAUGGAAGAAUCUCUCAUACACAGUCAAGACACCUUCUGGUGACCGUCUUCUACUCGACAACGUGCAAGGUUGGAUCAAACCUGGUAACCUUACUGCACUCAUGGGAUCCUCCGGUGCCGGCAAGACGACACUCCUCGAUGUGCUCGCUCAAAGAAAGACGGACGGAACCAUUACCGGUUCUAUCCUCGUUGACGGCCGCCCGCUCCCUGUGUCUUUCCAACGAUCGGCCGGUUACUGCGAGCAGCUUGAUGUCCACGAGCCGUAUGCCACCGUCCGCGAAGCGCUAGAGUUUUCCGCUCUCCUCCGCCAGAGCCGCGACACGCCGCGCGCCGAGAAGCUCGCUUAUGUAGAGACCAUCAUCGACCUGCUAGAGCUGCACCCGCUCGCUGACACGCUCAUUGGCGAUGUCGGCGCUGGUCUGUCGGUCGAACAACGCAAGCGCGUCACGAUUGGCGUCGAGCUCGUGUCGAAGCCUAGUAUCCUCAUCUUCCUCGACGAACCGACGUCGGGACUCGACGGGCAGUCGGCCUACCGCACCGUCAAGUUCCUACGCAAGCUCGCAGCCGUCGGACAGGCUGUGCUCGUCACCAUCCAUCAGCCCUCGGCACAACUCUUCUCGCAGUUUGACAGCCUGUUGCUGCUUGCUAAGGGUGGCAAGACGGUCUACUUUGGUGAUAUCGGAGAGAACGGCCAAACUAUUAAGGAUUAUUUUGGCCGCAAUGGCUGCCCCUGUCCGUCCGAUGCAAACCCCGCCGAGUACAUGAUUGACGUCGUCUCUGGCAACAGCGUCGACGCCCGCGACUGGAAUGAAAUCUGGAUGGCCUCAUCCGAGCACGAGAAGAUGACGGCGCAACUCGAUGCCAUCAUUAAAGACUCAGCCGCCAAGCCACCGGGAACCGUCGACGAUGGCCACGAGUUUGCCACGCCCAUGGGCGAGCAGAUCCGCGUCGUCACGCAGCGUAUGAAUAUAUCGCUGUGGCGCAACACAGAGUACGUGAAUAACAAGGUCAUGCUUCAUGUCUUCUCAUCUCUCUUCAACGGCUUCUCUUUCUGGAUGGUUGGAAAUUCGUUCAACGACUUGCAGGCUAAGAUGUUUGCGAUUUUCCAAUUCAUCUUUGUUGCCCCUGGUGUGCUGGCGCAGUUGCAGCCGCUGUUUAUCAGCCGGCGUGACAUCUUUGAGACGCGCGAGAAGAAAUCCAAGACGUACUCGUGGUUCGCCUUUACGACUGGUCUUAUCGUUUCCGAGAUGCCUUAUCUGGUGUUGUGCGGUGUCAUUUACUACCUCUGCUGGUACUACACCGUCGGCUUUCCGGGCGCCUCUUCGCGUGCUGGGGGGACAUUUUUUGUCAUGCUCAUGUACGAAUUCCUCUACACGGGUAUCGGUCAGUUCGUUGCGGCCUACGCACCCAACGUCGUGUCGGCCACGCUGGUCAACCCGCUGAUCAUCGGCGUCCUGGUCUCCUUUUGCGGUGUUCUUGUCCCGUAUGCCCAGAUCCAGCCGUUCUGGCGCUACUGGAUGUACUAUCUCAACCCGUUCAACUACCUCAUGGGCAGCAUCCUCACCUUUACCAUGUGGGGUAACGAAGUCCAGUGCAAGGAGAGCGAGUUUGCGCGCUUUGAUCCUCCUAGCGGGCAGACGUGCGGCCAGUACCUUGACAGCUACCUCCAUUCGCAGGGGCCUGGCUCCGUGGCGAACUUGGUCAACGCGGACGCCACGUCGGACUGCAAGGUCUGCACGUAUACCGCCGCGCAGGAUUAUCUGCGGACGCUCAACCUCAACGAGUACUACUACGGCUGGCGCGAUGCGGGCAUUGUCGUUCUCCUAGUCUUCAGCUCCUACAUGCUGGUGUAUGUUCUCAUGAAGUUGCGUACAAAGAGGUCCAAACAGGCAGAGUAA